AUGUCACUGAGCAGUGAAAGAAGAGUAAAUACCUCGACGCUGAAGAAAAUUGCGGCAGAUAUGAGCAAUUUAAUAGAGAACCUGGACAGCAGGGAGCUCCACUUUGAGGGGGAAGAGGUGGAUGCUGACGUGUUAAAUGAUCCGAAAACAACUGUGGGCAUCCCAUUCUCUGCAAUUUAUAACACUCAAGGGUUCAAAGAGCCUCAUAUACAGACAUAUCUAACCGGAUGUCCGAUUAAAGUCCGACUUCUGGAAGUAGAACGCUUUACCUCAACAAAAAAGGUACCAAGUCCAAAUGUUUACACUGUUGAGUUCACACAUGGGGACUUUACAUGGCAAGUGAAAAGGAAAUUCAAGAACUUUCAAGAAUUCCACAGGGAACUGCUGAGAUACAAAGCCUUCAUACGAAUUCCUAUCCCUACAAGGAGUCACACAGUUAGAAGACAAACUGUCAAAAGGGGAGAAGCGAGGCAGAUGCCAAGUCUGCCACGCACGUCUGAGAACAUGGUCCGAGAAGAACAUUUUUCUAGUAGAAGAAAACAACUGGAAGACUACUUGACAAAGAUCUUAAAAAUGCCCAUGUACAGGAACUACCAUGGAACGAUGGAAUUCAUUGGUGUAAGUCAGCUGUCAUUUAUCCAUGAUCUAGGACCAAAGGGCAUAGAAGGUAUGAUCAUGAAACGAUCUGGGGGCCACAGAAUACCUGGUCUGAACUGCUGUGGGCAAGGAAGGGUCUGCUAUCGAUGGUCCAAAAGGUGGUUAGUAGUGAAAGACUCUUUCCUAAUGUAUAUGAAGAUGGAUAGCGGAGCCAUUUCCUUUGUCCUGCUGGUAGAUAAAGAAUUCAGCAUUAAGAUUGGCAAGAAAGAGACUGAAACAGAAUAUGGGUUACGGAUUGACAAUCUCUCCAGGUCAUUGAUUUUGAAGUGUAACAGCUACAGACAUGCCCGAUGGUGGGGACAGGGAAUAGAAGAGUUCAUUCAGAAAAAUGGCAAAAACUUUCUAACGCAUCACAGAUUCGGGUCGUAUGCAGCUAUACAGGAGAAUACUUUGGCAAAGUGGUAUGUAAAUGCAAAAGGGUAUUUUGAAGAUGUAGCAAAUGCCAUGGAGGCAGCGAAAGAAGAAAUUUUCAUCACAGAUUGGUGGUUGAGCCCAGAAAUCUUUAUGAAGCGACCCGUGGUAGAAGGAAAUCGUUGGCGACUAGACUGCAUUCUCAAGCGGAAAGCGCAACAAGGAGUGAGAAUUUUUGUAAUGCUCUACAAAGAAGUGGAGCUUGCUCUAGGAAUCAACAGUGAAUACAGCAAGCGGACCCUAAUGCGUCUACAUCCGAACAUCAAGGUGAUGAGGCAUCCAGAUCACGUGUCAUCCUCAGUGUACCUCUGGGCCCAUCAUGAGAAGCUCGUUGUCAUUGACCAGUCUGUAGCAUUCGUUGGUGGCAUUGACUUGGCCUAUGGGAGGUGGGAUGAUGAUGAACACAGGCUGACCGACGUUGGCAGUGUGAAACGAAUUGCAGGAACAAAGUCUACAUCUACAGUGAAUCUCAUACCUACAGCCGAGUCCACUGAAGCUUUAGCCCUGAAAACUCAGUCCCUGGGGAACCUGCCACAGCACAGAAAUAGUGAUGACAUACUAGAUUCUUCAAGAAUGAAAGGAAUAGGAAAACCCAAAAAGUUUUCCAGGUUCAGCAUUUAUAAGCAUCUCCAGAAGCACGGCCUACACCACGCUGAUAGUGUAAGCAGUAUAGACAGUGAGUCAGGUUAUUGUAAUCCUAGUAGAAGCCAGCAGAAUUUAAUCCAGAGUUUAAAACCCCACCUGAAAAUGUUUCAUCAUCCCACUGGGUCCAAACAAGGGCUCACUGAGUGUGAGGACGAUAAAGGAUCAAUCCGCAGCUUGAAGACAGGUGUUGGAGAACUUCUUGGGGAGACCAGGUUCUGGCAUGGAAAGGACUAUUGCAAUUUCGUCUUUAAAGACUGGGUUCAACUCGACAAACCCUUUGCUGAUUUCAUUGACAGAUACACCACACCCAGAAUGCCAUGGCAUGAUAUUUCAUCCGUUGUGCAUGGCAAAGCUGCACGGGAUGUUGCUCGACACUUUAUUCAGCGCUGGAACUUCACAAAGAUCAUGAAGCCCAAAUACAGAUCCCUGUCCUACCCAUUCCUGUUGCCAAAAUCUCAGCGAACCGCCAGUGAGAUGAAGUAUCAAGUGCCCGAGUCUGUAUGUGCCAAUGUACAGGUGCUCCGUUCUGCUGCAGAUUGGUCAGCUGGUAUCAAGUACCAUGAAGAAUCCAUCCACAAUGCUUAUGUUAGCGUGAUAGAAAACAGUAAACACUACAUCUAUAUCGAAAACCAAUUUUUUAUUAGCUGUGCUGAUGACAAAGUCGUUUCUAACAAGAUUGGAGAUACCAUCGCUCGGCGGAUUCUUAAAGCACACAGGGACAGCAAACGAUACCGAGUGUAUGUGGUGAUCCCGCUGUUGCCUGGAUUUGAAGGAGAUAUUUCAACUGGAGGUGGGAAUGCACUGCAAGCCAUAAUGCACUUCAACUACAGGACCAUGUGCAGAGGAGAUAAUUCUAUCCUGGGACAGUUGAAAGCAGAGAUUGGAGAUCGGUGGAUAAAUUACAUAUCGUUCUGUGGGCUUCGAACAUACGCCGAGCUGGACGGAAAUCUCGUCACUGAACUCAUCUAUGUUCACAGCAAAUUGCUUAUAGCUGAUGACAACACUGUCAUCAUUGGCUCUGCUAACAUCAAUGACCGCAGCAUGCUGGGAAAACGCGACAGUGAAAUGGCUAUCAUUGUGCAAGACACCGAAACCGUCCCUUCAGUGAUGGAUGGAAAGGACUACAAAGCCGGAAGAUUUGCUCAGUCACUCCGCCUCCGGUGUUUUAGGGUUGUUCUUGGUGGUUCAGCAGACCUCAGUGCUGAUCUUCAGGAUCCAGUCUCUGACAGAUUCUUCAAGGAGGUGUGGGUUUCAACAGCUGCCCGCAAUGCCACUAUUUUUGAUAAGGUGUUCCGAUGCCUUCCCAGUGAUGAGGUGACUAAUUUAGCCCAGCUGCGUGACUUCAUUGCCAAGUCAAAAUUGGUAACCCAAGAUGCUGCAAAAGCAGCAGAAGAAUUAAAGAAGAUUCAUGGAUUUCUAGUGCAAUUCCCCUUUCGUUUCCUGGAUGAAGAAAACUUGCUGCCUUCUGUUGGAACAAAAGAAUCCAUGGUGCCCAUGGAAGUUUGGACUUAG